CAAGACGCCUUGAUCCCAUUUCGAGUUGUGCACACCUUCACGGCUGAACCGCUUCCAGUUGGUGGUGUAUUAUUUUUUAACAGCAUUCUCAGUGUUUCACGCUGGAAAUCCAAGCGAAGUAUUUCGACGAGUAGUGAGUUGAGAGCUCACAUUUUUCCACAAGUUUUGGAAUACCUUCGUCGUUUAUGACCCGCCGACGCUAUGACUUUACAAUUCCUACGAGUGAGAAUGGAUGUUUAUCGUCAAAACCAACGCUUCGAGCCACUUCGUGCCUCGAUGGAAGCUCCUGAUCCAGAAAUGCUUUGUGCUAUUCACCAAAUCUCAGAAGCCCUCGGCAGCUACGAACGCUCCAAGAUUCUCUACUUGUGCGAGAUUUCGGACACAGACAAUACAGCUGCGCAUAUAAAGGAGACUCUUAAGUCCAAAGUCAAGAGUUACAACAAAGGGCGUCUGUUUUUGGCUGAGCUCAUGCUACAUUUGGGGAGAUAUGACAUCCUCAGGCAGGUGUUUGGGUUCAGCCGGGACGAUGUGGAGAGAGCUUUGAGAUCCAAGAAGGUUCUACCCAGAUUCAGAGUUCUGAUGACUCACAUCAGCGAGGACAUGGCCAAGGAUGAUGUGAGCAGUGUGAAGUUUCUUCUGGGUCACAUGCUACCACGUAAGAAAAUGGAAACUGCCAAGGAUUUCCUGGACUUGGUUGUCGAACUCGAGCACGUGGGGAAGGUUUCCCCAACAAGGGUGGACCUUUUGGAGGAAUGUUUAAUGGACGUCGGCAGGGUAGACCUGGCCAAAAAGCUCAAGGUGUACAAGAUGUCAGUCAAUGCGCCAGCAGUACCCGAGGAAGUGAUGCGCCACCCUUGCCAGGAGAGUCCAGUCAGUCGGUAAACAUUCGCCAGUGACCCCAGAGGGGAGUGCGUAAUCAUAGACUGCGUGGGGAAUGACGGAGAGAUGAUGGCGCACGCAUUUAAGUCACUGCACUUCAAUGUGACCCUGCAUAAAUGGCUAAACCUGGUCGAGACGGUCUCAACGCUCAGAAAAGUCUUCCAAAGGAGUCCGGACCGCAGCGGCGACGGCUUCGUCUGCUGCAUCAUCAGCCGGGCGAUCGACAAUCGCCUCCAGGCCACGGACAUGAACUGCGAAGGCCUCCGUCCGGAAGAUGUACGGCGCUUUUUCAACGGCGAUGCCUGUCCGGCGCUG